AUGGAUGAAUCAGAUUUGUUGUUAUCCUCCAUUAAAGCACUAGGAUUAAAGGUUACAGAUCAUGUUUAUGAUUUUAAUAGGGAAUUUUGCAAGGCAUACAAGUUGUUGUCCCCUCCUGCACUUGGUAUGAAAGAAGCAACGACAGUUUGCAAUGCAGUGGCCUUACUUCAGUCGAUGGCAUCUCAUCCAGACACAAAGAUGGGUAUUGUGAGAGCUAAAAUGCCUGUUUUCAUCUACCCUUUUAUGAACACUACUGAACAACGACUCAAACAUUUCGACUACUUACGUCUCACCAGUUUAGGUGUCAUCGGUACCCUUGUAAAGGUGGAGGAUACCAACAGCCCAGAAAUCAUUCACUUUCUUCUUGAAACAGAAGUGAUUCCAUUAUGCCUUCGUUGCAUAGAAGUGGGUGGUGAACUGGCAAAAACGGUUGCAGCUUUUGUGGUUAGUAAGAUUCUAAUGUACGAAGAGGGGCAACGAUAUUGUGGCACAUUCCCAGAAAGGUUUUAUGCGGUUGCACAAGUCUUGAUCAAUGUUGUUGACCAGUUUACCAUAAAACCACCAUUACAGUUGUUGAAACAUGUGUUAAACUGUUUCUUGCGACUAUCUGAAGUCUCUAGGGCUUGUGAUGCUUUGAGCAAAUGUUACCCUGCCAAACUGAGAGAUCCUGGAUAUCUCAACUUCGCUUUUGAAGAUCCAUAUGUUCGAAGACUAGCGGACCAAGUGCUCCACAACGUGGCUGGCCAUAUAUAA